UAAUCAAAGACCUGGUCGACGACGUGACAAAUCGUUACUGGACGGACAUAUCGAUAUUCUGAAAACAGAGCAGUGUCGUUGAGAGGCAUUACAUGUCAGCUGGUGUAAGGAGGAUUGAUGUCCAUKAAGGAAGGAUAAGGGGGACGCUGUUCCUACCCCCUUUGGAGACGGUCCUUUCAAGAUGGCUUUCCAUCUGGUUCAGGCUGUCCAAAGCGCAAUUAGCGUUAGAGUUAAUCUCUUCAGGCUGCCAAGAACUCGAUUUAUCAUGAAUUCAUGUUUUCAACAGUCUACGAAAYGCGUGAAGUUGUCAUGUUCUCCUUUGUCAGCCAAGAUGGACGAGAAGGUCAAGGUCGACGUUGAAGGUCUUGAACCAAAUCAAAAGGUAUCUCUUCAAGCUAAACUAGUGGGAGAUUCAAAUGACAGAUAUCAUUCACUGGCUCACUACAUAGCAGACCAACAAGGCCGAGUUUGUUUGAAUUCUCAGCCUUCUGUUGGAGGGUCGUAUGUUGGCGUUGAGCCGAUGGGAUUUAUGUGGAGUCUCAAACCCGAGCCAAAUCARARACCUGGUCGACGACUGAUGAAAAGAGACGUGACAAAGCCUUAUUUAGUAAACCUAGCGUUACUGAACGGACAUGUCGAUAUUMUGGAARCAGAAAACUKUCAUCCAUUGUCGAGUUUAACGAUUGAGAGGCAUUACAUGUCAGCUGGUGUAAGGAGGAUUGAUGUCCAUGAAGGAAGGAUAAGGGGGACGCUAUUCCUACCCCCUGGAGACGGUCCCUUUCAAGGAGUCAUUGAUUUGAUGGGUGCAAUUGGAUUACUGAUUGAAUACAAAGCUGCCAUACUAGCUUCCAAUGGCUUUGCAGUACUUGCUUUGGCAUACAUUACACACAGUGAUCUUCCCAAAGAAUUAGGACAACUUGAUCUUGAAUACUUCAUAGAAGCUGUUGAUUGGUUGAAAAAUCACCCAUCAAUCAUUAAAGGAGGAGUGGGGGUAAAUGCGAUCUGUAAGGGAGCUGAAAUCUCUUUACUACUUGCUUCACACUGUCAAGAUGUUAAAGCAGUAGUUUCUAUAAGUGCACUUUAUGGACUGUCAUUACAGUCUAUGAACUACAAAAAUAAACCAAGAAUACCAUUCUUUAAACUUSAUGGAUUUAGGAUUGAAAAAUUGGAAAAUGGUGCUGUUAAAUGGAGAAAUGGUUGCAUUGAUGACUGGACUGGAAGUGUUGAAGSAAACCCAAAAGCCUUUCCUGUGGAGAAAGCYAGUGCAUCAUUUCUUGUGGUUUAUGGCACAGAUGACCAUUUAUGCAACAGUGAAGUAUCCGCAUCAAAGAUCUACAACAGAUUAAAAGCGUUUGGUAAGGAGGCACAAUGCACUGUUMUUGGUUACCAGGGUGCUGGUCACCUAAUUGAGCCWCCGUAUAGUCCACUUUCCGUCAUGASYUACCAMAAGUUCUUUGAUAUUUAUUUAUCAUGGGGUGGAGAUACCAAGGCACAUGCCCAUGCUCAGGAACAUGCUUGGCAAAAGAUAUUGUCAUUUUUUAAAGAAAAGUUGCCUCAAAGGACAACCUUUAGCAAAUCAUAAAGUACAAUUAUUUUACUAUAUAAUCUAUAAUAUAGGACCAAAAUU